CGUACAUUGCAUACGUUUCCUUGGUGUCUGGAAGAUUGAUUUCGCUGAAUAAAGAUGCACAUCAGCAGUGUUACAUCCCGAAAAAGUCUGCAACGAAUUCUUGGUUCCUCCAGAAGCUAUCUCGGAGCCUACAAUGUCACGGGUAGAUUCCUUUCGAACGGUCCCAAGUUUGCGGUCAAAGCAAAGCGAUCUGAUUUGACCGUCCUCUCUGCGUCGGCGGUAGUAGCCUUGGCGGUGUUUCAGUACAAAGAAUACAGCAGAACGAAGCUGGAACUAAGCGCCGAAGAGACUACCACGACUUUGUUGAACUGGAGUGGCACUCAUGUGGUACAAGUCGAUAACAACCGAUACUGGGAACCCGAAACAGUGCAAGAAGUAGAGGAUAUUGUUAGAUCUUGCCAUAAACGGGGUCAGCCGGUCCGGCCGAUUGGAUCGGCUCUAAGUCCAAAUGGGAUUGCGUUUCAUCAGAACGGUAUGAUGAGCAUGGCCAAUCUCGAUCGGAUUCUUCAGGUGGAUGUGAAGAAUCAAAGAGUCACUGCCCAGGCCGGAGCUCGUGUUAGCCAGGUGGUCGACGCUCUCCGUCCCUACCACUUGACACUUCCGAAUCUUGCAAGUAUCGCUGAGCAGCAAAUGGGUGGCUUCAUUCAAGUCGGCGCGCAUGGAACGGGACGGUCUAUUGCUCCAGUUGAUCAUUACGUCACGGAAAUCAAACUUGUUACCCCAGCCAAAGGCACCAUUACACUUACAAAAGAUGAUGGUGAACUAUUUGAGCUCGCCAAGGUGGGCUUGGGAUGUUUGGGAGUGGUAGUAGAAGUUACCAUGGAAUGCGUACCGGCACAUAGACUAGUGGAACAUACAUUUGUGUUGACACGCGAAGAAGCCGUUACCCGAUUGCAAGAGUUGCUUACGGAACACAAACAUAUGCGUUACAUGUGGAUACCAUAUACUGACUCGGUUGUGGUUGUGACGAACGAUCCCGAAGAUCAAGUGAAAGAAAUUCCUAAAUUGAAAAAAAUAAGCGAAGACGAACGCUUUGCCCCUCUGCGCGAUUUAAUGUUGGAGCUUUCUAACGAAUGGCCCGAACCGUAUACGAAAGAAUCGCUGCAAAGUAUCGGAUUUGGAGAGCUCCGCGAUGCGCUACUGGCUAUCGAUCCUUUGGGAAUCAAGCACGUCAAACGAUGUAACGAGGCCGAAGCAGAAUUUUGGAAACGAAGCGAAGGCUAUCAGGUUCGUCCUAGUGACGAACUACUACAAUUUGAUUGCGGAGGGCAGCAAUGGGUAUGGGAAGUCUGCUUUCCAACGGGGACUCAGGAAAAGAGCAGUGGCAAUGAUAUGGACUUUAUGACAGAGUUGUUGGCUGGAAUCGAACGUGAGGAAAUCCCCGCUCACUCUCCUAUCGAACAGCGCUGGAGUGCGUCGUCCUCGUCUCUCAUGUCACCUGCGUACGGACCCAAAGAUGGCUUGCAUAGUUGGGUAGGUAUCAUCAACUACCUUCCGUCCGAAGAUGAAGGUCAACGCAGGGACAUUUCGGAACUCUUUACCGGUAGGUACUGCAAUUUGAUGAGAAAUGUGGGGCAAGCUGUGAGUGCCACUAGUCACUGGGCCAAGCUAGAGCGUCCGAAAUCGAUGUGGCAGCUCGUCGAUACACAGUUAUUCUUGCAGACACGGUUUCCGUUGAGGCUCUUCAACGAAGCUCGAGAUAUUUAUGAUCCCAAGAAUAUUCUGGGAAACGAUCUACUCAAUCUGGUUGUGGGCAAACCAGGAACCAAGUAA